GCUAAUAAGAAGCGCGGCAGAACGGCGAGUGAGACCAGCAAUGGCAGCGGCCUGGGCAGCGUGCCCAGCAGCGCCGGACCCAUCAGCAGCGGAAGCAGUGGCUUCAGCGGCUCUUUUCUGGGUAAGCAGUUCUCGUUCGCCUCGGGCGGCAAGUCCAGCGGUACGGAUGUGAUCUCCACACAGCCCAGCCGACCGCAGGAGGAGCCAGCAGCACCAACUACGACAGCGGCCAGCUCAGCCGCUAAGCCCGCUGCCAGCGCUUCGGAUAGCGCCAAUACUACGGAUAUAACAGCAACAACAAUAACAGCUGGAGGCUACAAGCCAGUCACCAACUUUGAGCCACAGGAGCGAGUAAAUCCCUUUGACAAGGAGCCACAGAAGUCAGUUAGCAUCGCCAGCAUGGGUGCUGCUUCGAACACAACCUCGUCCUCAUCAUCGAUAUCGUCAUCGUCAAUCUCAUCGCGCAUCAAUCGGAAUGGCAACAACAUCAAGUCACCCCCACCACCGGCCGGGCCACCACCUCCGCCGCCUAAUGUGACCACCAAUGCGAACAUCAACACUAACACGAAUAGCUCGAGUGUCAGCGCCAGCGCCUAUCGCAGCAGCUUCAGCAGCUCUCUGAGCAAGGACAAGACCAGCUACGGCAACUAUGACAGCACCAGUUCCAUUGAGACCAUAACGCGCAUGGAUACAAAUACCACAAAUACAGCGGCCAUAGCCACGGGUGCUGGCGCCAGCGAAGCGAGCGGCAUCACAGCGAUCACCACCGGAGCCGUUGGCACCGCCAACGCCAUCACCAGUUCGGCAUCCAACAACGAUUGGCGCUCAGCCAUAGGCAUACGAUCGGCAAGCGUCUACAGUGCGCCAGCUGCUGUCACCACAGCUGCUCUGCCGGGCGACACAUCCGGCUACGAUUCGAACUCGCUGGCCUCUCAGGCCGGCUACAACAAUCCCAGCGAUCUGCCCUCGUACACGCGGCCCUCUUACUCCCGCUCCGAGAGCAACGCAUCGAAGCAAUCCGAUUUGGACAUCAUAUUCGGAGACGGCAAGACAACAACCUCGAGCCCGGGCAACGGCAAAUACACGCGCUCCGGCGGCUCCAUCUCUGAUGCGGACAUGAUCUUUGGUGGACCACCCUCCAACUACAAGACCGAUCGCUUCGGCGCCGCCAAAAGCAUGAGCAUGAGCUCCAGCGGCGUUGGAGCCAGCUCCAACUCCUAUAAGAUCUAUGAAGGCAUACAGAAUGCAGCCUUCAGCGACUUUAGCGACACGGGCAGCGUUAGCAGCGUGAACUCAACUAGCAGACGAUGGAACGCCAAGCCUGAGGAGGAGGAUGAACUGGAUUUAAAAUAAAUCCACACACACACACACAAACACACACACACACAAACACACACACAUACAAACACAGACACACUCACUUCACGCUACAUUCAUAGCAUAUAUCAGCCCAACACACUUGAACUAUAGGGAAUCUGUCUUUUUUCUGCCUCCGAAGUUUCCUGGUUUCAUAAGGGAAUGAACCAAAGCACAUGCAUCAGCAGCAGCAUCAGCAUCAGCAUAGGCAUCAGCAUUAGCAUUAGCAUCUAUAAACACAUUGAGUUACUAUAGUUUUCACUAUCGAUACAAGUUAUUUGAAUAUGCUACAAUAUCUAUAUGUACAAUUUCCUGUUAUUAUAUAUAUAUAUAUAUAUAGUUAUAUGUAUGCAGUUACUUCUCAUUUGCGAUAUGGUAGGAGGAAAGGAGAAGACAUACAAAAUGAACUAUGAAAACCACUCUCAACUACUCACAAUGUAUAAUUAUAACCACCAAAGUAACAACAAUAAUAAUGGAAGAAGAAAAUACCAUAAAUAUGCGAAACUUUGACGACGACUUGACUGGUUUUGCAACUGAGAUGGAUAUUAGGGAUACAGUCAGCUAGACAUAUAUAUAUAUAUUAUUGAGAAGAAGUUUGAAUAAUGGAAAAAUAAUAAUUAUUGAGAACAGUUUUAUGGCAUAUUAAAUGUUGCUAAAUACAUAUAUUCGCAAGCGUAUAUUAAUGUUUUAACUUGCUAUUGAAUUUAUUCAAAUAAUACUAAAUACAAAUUAAAUUGUUACCAAACGAUGAAACGAUGAAACGAUGAAAGCGAUGAGCGCGAUGAAUCUUAAAAUAAACUACUAAAAAGCACCGAUCGAGCUCCGUUGAACUCGAGUGCUUAGAUAAAAGACAAUAUGAAUUGAAAAGAUCUUCAACUAAUAUACUAAAUGUUUACAAUGCAAACGAUGGUUAUUAAAAUAUAUGCAUAUAAAUAUAUGUAUGUCUGUACUACCUUCAAAAUAUAUAUAUGUGUAUAUAUAUAUAUAUAUAUUAUAUGAGCAAAUGUUACACAGCAAGGCAUACACAAAGGCUACUCACACACAAAUUAAAUGUUUAUUAUAUGCCCACAAAUAUUAUUGUACAACACAUGCAUAUAUAUAUUAGUAGUUAAUGUUUAUACACACAUACAAACAUACUCGUAAUGCUACUCAACAACUGCGAGCAAAGCAAUGUUAAAUUAAGGUAAACUUGAACACGAGACAGGAAGGAUUAUAAGAAUAUUUGAAAGGAUGCUGCGAGGCUUUGAUACGUCUUCGUGUGGCUGUCGAGGCACUGAAUGGUUAAUGGAUUGACUUAUCCAACAGCAAACACACCUAUACAAUAUUGACUACUCACCAAUGUUGAAUGCAACAACGAACAUUUAAUAGCAAACCAACAAACCAAAAAACAAAGACAAACAAAUGGUAUUGAAUGACUAGGUUAAUGCAAUACUUUAGUAAAUGUUUAAUUGAUUUUGUUACGCACAUGUUUAAGCAUUAUUUUUA